AUGAGGAAGAGAAACUCUUUGAGGAAAAGGAAGGAAGCCCCGGGGCCUGCCGUGAAGCCGCUGGUGUUCCGAGUGGACGAGAGCACGCCCACAGUUGUGCAGAGCGUCCUCCUGGAGCGAGGCUGGGACAAGUUUGACCACCAGCGUCAGGGUGUAGAGGACUGGAACCUGUACUGGAGGACUUCGCCCUUCCAGAUGGCAGAGCAUGUCAACCUCAAGCCCUGGCAGAGGCUCAACCAUCACCCAGGCACAACCACUCUCACCAGGAAGGACUGCCUGGCCAAACACCUGGCAAACAUGAGGAAGCUCUAUGGUAAGACCCUCUACGAGUUCACACCCCUGACGUUCAUCAUGCCCGAUGACUACACCAAGUUUGUACACAAGUACUUCAAGGAAAAGCGGCAUUUGGGUACCAAGCCAAGCUACUGGAUCUGCAAGCCUGCAGAGCUGUCUCGUGGGAGGGGGAUAAUCAUUUUCAGUGACAUUCAAGAUCUCGUCUUCAACGGCACGCACGUUGUGCAGAAGUAUAUCUGCAACCCUUUACUCGUGGGUAGGUACAAGUGUGACCUCCGCAUCUAUGUCUGUGUCACCGGCUUCAGGCCAUUGACUAUUUACAUGUACCGGGAAGGGUUGGUGCGGUUUGCCACCGAGAAGUUUGAUCUUGGUAACUUGCAAGACUGUUACUCCCAUCUGACCAACAGCAGUAUCAACAAAUCUGGGGCCUCGUAUUGGAAGACCAAAGAUGUGGUUGGGCAAGGUUGCAAGUGGACCCUCAGCAGGUUCUUCUCUUACCUUCGGAAGUGGGAUGUGGACGACCUACUACUGAGGCAGAAGAUCAACCACAUGGUGAUUCUCACAGUCCUGGCUGGGGCUCCAUCGGUCCCUGUCGCGUACAAUUGCUUCGAGCUUUUUGGGUUUGACAUCCUUAUUGAUGAGAACCUGAAACCGUGGCUUCUAGAGGUCAACUACAGCCCUGCUUUGACCGUGGACUGUUCAACAGAUGUCUCCGUGAAGAGAAGCCUUGUCCACGAUAUUAUUGAGCUGAUUUGCUUAAAUGGCCUAAGACGUGAGGAGAGAAAGGGCACUAGAGCUUCUUCAGAGAGAGCCAGGAUACCCUGUGCCAGGAGCAAUCAGCAUAAGCACCACACAGCCCCCAGUCCCCUUUCCUGUGUGUCUCUCAUACAGUUUACAAACAGGAUGUGCACUAAAAAAAAACCGGCUAUCCAGAGAGCCAUAGACAUCCGUCCCAAGCCCACACGAACCUCCCAGAUGAGAGAAAUGAUGAACAGAAGGGAAGCAGCCAAAAGCAACUCAAGGCCCAGGGCUUGGCAAAUGCCUCACAAAGUGCUCUCUCCCUACACACCGUUAGCUCAGUCACAGUUCCACAAGAUGAAGGGGACCCUGGGCAUCUUCCCAGAACCAAAUGACCAUGCCGGCAACUUUGAUCUCAUUUUCCCUUUCAAUGAGGCUACCUUUGGAGCCUCCAGAAAUGGAUUAAAUGUCAAAAGGAUAAUUCAAGAGCUCCAGAAACUAAUGAAUAAACAACUCUCAAGUGACAAAAGCUAA